UACAGCAUGUAUCUCUACCUGUGAAUCCAACGGCGCUCAACGCACCUUGCCAAACAUAAUGGUACCGACUAUUAGCCCAAUAUUAAUAAAGAUGGCGGAAGAUUUGGAUAUCGCCUUGUCUUCACCAAGUAAAAGAGGACUGCCACCUCGAACUAGGAAGAGGAAUUCUCGUUUCUUUAACGAUGAUGAGGACAACUCCUUCUCUCCUAUCAAAUCACCUUACAAGUCCUCAAAAUCUGCCUCUGUACGGAGCUCUUAUGACAAGCGGGCUGCCCAGGUGAUCGGGGUGAGAUUGCGCAAUCUUCUGAAGCUGCCCAAGGCCCAUAAGUGGGUGUGUUAUGAAUGGUUCUACUCCAGUCUGGAUCAACAGUUAUUUCAUGGUGAGAAUGACUUCACGUCCUGCCUGCGGGAAUCUUUCCCUCAGUUGAAGGUGAAGAAGAUGAGACGUGUGGAGUGGUCCAAGGUCCGCAGGCUGAUGGGCAAACCCAGGAGGUGCUCAGCCUCUUUUUUUGAGGAAGAGCGGCGAACACUGAACAGCAAACGUCAUAAAAUACGACUCCUUCAGCAGCGGAAGAUGAAUGAAGUGAUAUCUAAGGAGGACUUACCAGAUGAAAUACCCAUGCACUUGGUGAUCGGCACUAGAGUAACAGCGCGCUUGCGUAAGCCUCAGGACGGCCUGUUCACGGGAGUUGUUGAUGCCCUGGACACAGUUCACAACACAUACCGCAUCACGUUUGACCGCCCAGGCAUCGGUACACAUUCUGUACCAGACUAUGAAGUCCGGAGCUGUGACCAAGUGGAGACGAUUCCGCUGAUGGCAUUUGAAGCAAAAGCUCGUCCACGACCCCAACCUGCCAAGUUGGCUGAUAGCCUAAUGUCCUUGCCCAGAUUUGUACCUAACAGCAUCACUAGCUCCAUGUCACUGGAGAAUGACCCCUUGCUGAGUGGGUCACCAUUUAAAGGCCAGUUGAUGAGUAUAGAAGGUGGAACAUAUGGAGGCUUUCCCAUAAAAUUCCUUGUACUUGUGACCCGUCUUACAAAGAUCCUGGAAAUCAAGAAGGACAGUGUCAACCAGCUGAAGGAGAUGAAUGCAGAAGCUGAGAAAAAAAGGUCCUACCAGCAGUGCAUCGCCCCAGAUUUUCAGAAGCGUUACGCAAACAUAGUGUUGGAGCUGGAGAACCUGAACAAGGACCUCAACGAGUGUCUAGUGGGAGUACAGCAGUUCUGUCAGGAGAUUGCCCCUGACCAAGGCUUGAAGCCGAUAGACCAGCCUUCAGAGAUCAAAGAAAAGUGCGACAGGGAUGCACGCAAAAUGGUCACCAAAUUGACUACUAAUACGUUCCAGAACAGGAGACUGGUGAAGAAUGAAUCCUUAAUGGAAUUGAUUGGUCGCCUCACUUCAUUAAUGCUGCAAAUAAAGACAUUCUCAGAAAACGAAUUAAAUUCUUUUGAAUUCAAAUCCUUGCAAGACACCCUGAAUGAAAUCAGAAAUGAUCUCGACAGCAACACCAUCAACUCCUUCAAGAACAAUGUGGAGAUCCACAUCAACCACAUCCAGAGUGGGCUCAGUCAGAUGGGCAAUCUUCACGCCUUCUCCAACACGAACUUUGUUACCUAAGCAACAAUGACAUUUCCUCAUCUAGCAAAGUGUUUUUAAACGAACUUGUAUUAUACAUUGUUAUAUACACUUCGAUUAUUGGAAUAUCCUGACUUCCCUAAACACAAACUGAUAAAACAAACUACCAUUUAUAGGCAACUAGUGUUUGAGUAAACUUUUUAACCUUGUCAAACAUGAUUUGUUCAAAUGUUUGCCUAGACAGCCAUGAUUGCAAUUGACUUGGUAACCUUUGCAACAAUGAAUGGAAUAAAGUUUAUUACCCAGGCAACAAUCAUAAACAUGAACUUUCUUUCUUAGGCUACGGCAAUAGGAAUAAACUUCCUUUUCUAGGCAACCGGUGUUGGGAUAAUCUUUUCAAGCUUUGAAACCAUAUUUGACUUUAACUUUGCAACCAUCAUAUGAAAGAAAUAAACUGUAAUACAGGCAGCAUCGAAUGGAAUACAUUUGAAACCAUAGGCAGCUAGGGAUGGAAUAAACAUUGUAACAUGCGCAACCAUGAUUAGAAUACACUUUGUAUAUCUAGUUAAGCAUGAUUGCAAUAAACUUUGUAACCUAGGCAGCCAAGAACAUAAUUAAUUUUGUAACCUAGGCAGCCAUGAACAUAAUUAACUUUGUAACCUAGGCAGCCGUUAACAUAAUUAACUUUGUAACCUAGGCAGCCAUGAACAUAAUUAACUUUGUAACCUAGGCAGCCAUGAACAUAAUUAACUUUGUAACCUAGGCAGCCAUGAACAUAAUUAACUUUGUAACCUAGGCAGCCAUGAACAUAAUUAACUUUGUAACCUAGGCAGCCGUUAACAUAAUUAACUUUGUAACCUAGGCAGCCAUUAACAUAAUUAACUUUGUAACUUGGGCAACCAUGAAUGGAAAAAUACUUAUUAACUUAAGCUAGGAUUGCUGGAAUCAACUUUGUAAUUAAGGGAACAAUGAAUGGAAUAAAAUGUGUUACCUAGGCAGCCAUGAAUGUAAUUGAACUUUGACAUAUUUAGCUUGAAGUGGAAUAAAUGUUGUUAAAUUA